GUAAGAGUCGUGGACAUAAAAUAAAAUAAAACGCAGAACGCAGGGGAGCGCAUCAGUCAUCAACCACAUGCACACCAAUGUCUGCUUCUUCUUUAUUUAAUCUCUCAUUGAUUCGCCUCAGAUCUCUCCCUCUUCUCUCUUCUUCUUCUUCUUCCUCUUCCCACUUUUCCCAUCUUCCUCUAUCUUCGAUCCGAUCUGUUCCCAUUUCACUGAGAAAGUUAUCGAAUUUCCGGGCAUUCUCCGCUACCACCAUGACAGACUCUAAAGAUGCUGGAAUGGAUGCUGUUCAGAGACGCCUCAUGUUUGAGGACGAAUGCAUUCUUGUUGACGAAACUGAUCGUGUCGUGGGGCAUGACAGCAAAUAUAAUUGUCAUCUGAUGGAAAAUAUUGAAGCUAAGAAUUUGCUUCACAGGGCUUUUAGUGUAUUUUUAUUCAACUCGAACUAUGAGUUGCUUCUCCAGCAAAGGUCGAAAGCAAAGGUGACCUUCCCUCUUGUGUGGACAAACACUUGUUGCAGCCAUCCUCUUUACCGUGAAUCAGAGCUUAUCGAGGAAAAUUCACUCGGUGUGAGGAAUGCUGCACAGAGAAAGCUUCUUGACGAGCUUGGUAUUGUAGCUGAAGAUGUACCAGUCGAUGAAUUCACUGCCUUGGGACGUAUGCUUUACAAGGCUCCUUCUGAUGGCAAAUGGGGAGAGCACGAACUUGACUACUUACUCUUCAUUGUGCGGGACGUGAAGGUUCAACCAAACCCAGACGAAGUAGCAGAUAUCAAGUAUGUGAGCCGGGAAGGGCUGAAGGAGCUGGUGAAGAAAGCAGAUGCAGGCGAGGAAGGUCUCAAACUGUCUCCAUGGUUCCGAUUGGUGGUGGACAAUUUCUUGAUGAAGUGGUGGGAUCAUGUUGAGAAGGGAACUCUGGGUGAAGCUAUAGACAUGAAAACCAUCCACAAACUCUGAAAUCUUCCUUGAGUUUUUGGAUAAUCUUUCUCUUUCCCUUUCAUCUUUUUGAUAUUUGUGAUGGUAAUAAUUGGGAGACACGAGACUUUUCCAUGAAAAAAUCACGCAAUAAAGUUUCAUUUUUAUUUGAA